AUGAACAGCUACGUCGUCGGACCGCCGCAGCUCAGCCAGCCUGGACCCCUCGCGCAAGCAUUCAGCCUUCCCGCCCUCGACCAGGCCGCUGAGUACCUCCUCGCCAGCAACCCGUCUACCUUCGACAGCGUCUCUGCCGCCGCCCUCUACCUCGACAGCCUCAGGACCCCUCUGCCCGCGACGAGUACCUCCUCCACCGGCUUCGCGUCCGACUACGACGCCUCUCUCGCCUUCUCUUACGCCGUCGCCGAGGCUAACGACAUCCGCCUCGACGAGACGCGCCGUUUCCUCGUCGUCGGCUGGACCCCGCCGUACAAGGGCCACUCGAUCUUUGCCGACGGCGACACUUCACCCACCGGUGCCGUCGUCCGCGCCCUCAUCACGACCUGCGUCAUCCAGACCGGCAUACCCUGUGUCUUUAUCGACGCAGAGCCCUUUGCCCCGUCGCGCGCGACCCUCGAGGCCUUGCACUCGUCCGCUCAAGGCCCGCCCAACGGCUGGAGUUGGCUUCCCGAGCGCAAGGAGAUGCUCUCGUACAAGAAGUGCUUCUUCGGCCUCCUCCGCUACGAGCAGGCGACCUUUUCCGCCAUCCUCGCCCUCGGACCCGUCGCGGGCUGGUAUCUCGACUUGCCGGCCCUCGCCUUCGACGCGACUAGCCCCUUCCCCGGCUCCGCCCCCUUCCACACCGUCUCUUCCUUCCUCGCGCCUCACCCUCGCUCGCAAGUCCACGAGGACAGCGUCAGCGCAACGUCUCGUGGCCUCUUCAUCUUUGUGAAGGGCAUGUUCGAGGCGCUUGCGGACGCGGGAAUCUCGGUCCCGUCGCCUUCUCUCGCGUGGGACACGUUCCGCGAGGCUUACGGCAAGGCUGGCCUGCUCAAUGGGGGCGAACUCUUUCAGAGCCUCCGCCAGAACGGCCACCCCGACUUGCCCGGCCUCGACGACAACGACUACUUCGCCUUCGAGCUCAUGACCAACCACUGCAACAAGCUCCCGCGUGCUUUUGUCCACGGUGGCAACGGAUGCGGCGCACGUUUUGUCGUCGUCCCCAGGCGCGGCGCGGACAACUGCGCUAAACUCUACGACCUGCUUCCCUACAACUGCACCCACUGCGGUCGUUUCGUCCCCUUGAGCGACUGGGAGACCCUCUAG